GUCCACACAGAACAACAUGGCCCACACCAGCAACACCGACAACAGCCCGGCCGCGCGCCUGUCGGCCGAGGAGAAGGAGCUCAAGCCGGAGAAUGUCGAAAAUGUGCCGUACAGUGCUUUGGCUGCGGACGAUGCAGAGUUUCUCAGGCGCUACGAGGGCAAGGAGGGCAAGAAGAUUGUCAGAAAGAUCGACAUGCGCCUGAUUCCCAUCAUGGCCAUCCUCUAUCUGCUGUCCCACAUCGACCGCGGAAACAUUGGCAACGCCAAGAUUGAGGGCAUGGACAAGGAGCUCAAGCUCAAGGGCAACGAGUACAACAUUGCCAGCACAAUCUUCUUCGUGCCGUACAUCAUCUUUGAAAUCCCCUCCAACGUCAUCCUCAAGAAGGUCCGCCCCUCGAUCUGGCUGUCCUUCCUCGUUCUCGCCUGGGGUGUGACCAUGACCUGCAUGGGCGUCGUCCGCAACUUUGGCGACCUGAUUGCGUGCCGUGUCAUCCUCGGCAUCUUCGAGGCUGGCUUCUUCCCUGGCGCAGUCUUCAUCAUCUCGACCUGGUACCCUCGCCACGAGCUCCAGCAGCGUCUAGCCCUUUUCUACACGGCAUCCGCCUUUUCUGGCGCCCUGAGCGGCUUGCUCGCCUACGGCAUUGCCCGGAUGGACGGCAUGCGUGGCAUCUCUGGCUGGCGGUGGAUUUUCCUGAUCGAGGGAGCCGUCACUGUCGCCGCCGGUCUCGUCAUGCCUCUGCUCAUUGUCGACAGCCCCGAGCGUGCCAAGUGGCUUACCGACGACGAGAGGCGUUUCAUCGACCUCCGCCUGCGCCUGUCGGGCGUGCGCUCGGCCACCAACGAGGGCGACAAGUUCUCGUGGCGCCUGCUCCUCAAGACCAUGGGCGACUGGAAGAUCCUGCUGGGCGUGGUGCUCGCGUGGGCCAACUCUGUCCCCAACGCCGCCUUCAAGUUCACCCUGCCCCAGAUCAUCAACCAGCUCGGCUUCUCGACGGCCAACUCGCAGCUGCUCACCAUCCCGCCGUACGUCGUCGGUGGUGUCUCGGCCUGGCUCGUGGGCCGCUACUCGGACCGCUUCUCGUGGCGCGCGCCCUUCAUCAUGGCCCCGAUGGCGCUGCUCGCGGUCGCGCUCGCCGUCCUCUUCUCCCAGUCCCCCAAGGUCGGCUCCAACGUCCCGGCCAUGUACACGGGCGUCAUGCUCGCCCAGAUCGGCAUCUACCCCUUGCUCCCCGGCAUCAGCGCCUGGGUCGGCAACAACCUCGCCCCGUCGUGGAAGCGCUCCAUCGGCCUCGCCUGGCUCCUGGCCGCAGGCAACUUUGGCAGCUUGAUCGGCACCAACAUCUUCCUCGACCGCGAGGGCCCCACGUACCCUACCGGCUACGGCGUCUCGCUGGGUGUCAUCUGCCUGGCUCUGUGUGCGGCGUGCGUGCUCGAGUUCAGCCUGUGGAAGCUCAACAAGGCCAAGGCGCUCAAGUCGGAGAGCGAGAUCAGGGCGCAGUACACUCAGGAGCAGCUGGAUGCCAUGGGCGAGAAGAGCCCCUUAUACCAAUACACUCUGUAAGCGGUGGUGUUGUUGUUGUUGUUGUCCGCAGCCACAAAGAAGGCCGGACCGCACACCGUUUUACAAGGCAUCUGGGACUGCUGUAAAACGAGCCGACCUCUGUCGGAGGAGGAGGCUGGGAUUUGACUGCAGGCGCAAUAGCACACUGUCUGGUUCAAUGUUUUGAGCUUGCCUCGUGUAUCGACACCUUGCGGCCUGGCUUCUGACGCUGGCUCAGAUCUCGGAUAGUUUUUCAAAGUUGAAAGUAGAUGAAUAGAAUCAAUCAGCC